AACUCAUUCAAUUCUCUCUCACUCUAUUUCAACUUUGAUUUCUUUCCAUUUCGUCUCCCAUUAUUCUUUUUUGUCAAAAUUUUUUAUUUUUUCAUUUCACUUUCUUCUCUUUAUGGAAGGCGACGACCAUGACCAUGGCUGCUUCAGUUUCGGCACUGUCUCAGCUCAUUCCCCGUCUCUCGUCUCUCUCGCAGCAUUUUCCGCCAUUCCCUCUCCUUCCCCUCGCCGCCUCUCCAGUCAUUUUACCAGGCCUAGCCGCCCGGUUUCGGAGGUUCGCAAGCUGGCUUGGGUGUCCUUAGAAGGACGGCUCGUGAACGCCGAAGAAGCCAGCUCGGCUAAAGCUAUUAAGGGUGGAUUGAGCCGAGAGGAAGCCGCGGCUUGGGAGAUGUUUACACCCAUUCACAGGUUCUUGAUAGUUGCCGUGAUCGGCGUCGCCGUCGCAGAGUCGAAGAAGAAUCGGGUCAUUUCGCAACUCAAAAAAUCUGUUGAACUUAGGGAUCAAGUGCUCUUGAGCAUGCAGCAGAAGCUUGACAGUCUCUGUGAACGAUUGUAUUAUGCUCAGGACCAGAAGGAAAUAGAGGCCAAUAUGUCAUUAAAAGGGAAAGAAGAGUCAGCAUUUGGAGAAACUUUUGGGGAUGAUAAAAUCAAUUUUGUGGAGUGUGGUUGUUGGCUAUGUGAUCAACAUCAUCACCUCUUUAAUGGGUUGAUGGGUAACUCUGCUGUGAAAGAUUCAAGUGGGCAUGAGAAUGAGAUGAUGCAGUACAAAGUGACUCCUGUGAAUGAGGUGGAACCAGAGGAGCGCCGCAUGUCUGACUUGUCAGAUUGGGCUUCAAGUAUCACAUCAAGUGCAGAAGUUCAGACCAACAACUUUACAAUGGAACAAGAUAUCAGCAAUCUAAGGAUGGAGUGUGAAGAGAAGGAUGCCACCAUAAGGGAGCUAACUGCUUUUCUCCAGUCAUCUAACACGAAUGGUUCAAAGAGGAUCUCAGAGCUGGAAGACAUCAUAAGGAGGAAGAACAUGAUAAUUACAAGACUUAGGAAGGACAUGGUGGUUUUAGAACAGAAGGUAGUGCAGUUGACAAGGCUUCAGAGACCUUCCACUUCAUCAGCCUCAAACAGUAGGCAAUUUCCGGCCAUGGCAGAUAACCUCCUUUAUGAUAUGGAUAGUACUACAAGCCCUUCCUCUUCUGAUUCUGAUUCUCCCCCUGUGAAUCGACCAGAAGUUCCUGUCCCUAAAGUUCUUGGCACACCAAUUCUGAAGGGUGACUCUGCUUCGACAAGUAAACAGAAGUCAGCUCCACCAAAAUUCUCUAGUUUAUCGGUGAAGCCAACUGAAUUGCAUACAAUUUCUCAUCCAAGUAGUCCUUUGACAGAGGUGAAGCCAACCGAAUUUCAUACAAUUUCUCAUCCAAGUAGUCCUUUGACAGAAAUAUCAACAAAUCAGAAUUCCAACACACUUUCUUCUUCGAGGCAAAAGCAGCCGUCAGCAAGAGGAGAUUUCAAGAAGACUAGAAGGCGGCCUCAAACUGCAUCAAAGGAUGCAGCUCCGCAGAAAAGAUGGAUUUAGUAUGCAGUAAAGAUUUGUGAUGCAAACUAUUUUUGCAAUUUGAAGAAGUGAGGCCUCCCGUCAUAAUGUGCUGAGGAGAUAAAUAGAUAAUAAAGGGUCGAAAGGCCUGGUACAUAUCAAUAGGUGAAGAGCAGUUCCGCUAUUAUAUUACAUUGUUGUUGUAUUCAUUAUUCUUGUUAGACUUAGAAGACUUUCAGAGCUGCAAGACUUCUCAUUAGAUAGAUACAGAGACCUUCUUUUUCUGUUUAUUAUAAGUUAAUUGAGAUUAUUUAACUUAUAUUUGUUAUAUGGGACAAGAA